AGUCCGUUUGUUCCAGUACAAGAUGGCGACCAGUAACGGAGGGGGAAUGGAGGUGGACGGAGAAUCAGCCAGCCCCGGGGUGAUGGCCUCGGGGGUGACGGGGAGUGUGUCGGUGGCCCUUCACCCGCUCGUGAUCCUCAACAUCUCUGACCACUGGAUCCGAAUCCGUUCCCAGGAGGGCCGGCCAAUGCAGGUGAUUGGUGCCCUUAUUGGAAAGCAGGAGGGCAGGAACAUUGAGGUCAUGAACUCUUUUGAGCUCCUUUCCCACACAAUGGAUGACAGAACACACAUCGACAAGGAAUAUUACUACACCAAAGAGGAGCAGUUUAAGCAGGUCUUUAAGGACCUGGAAUUCCUGGGUUGGUACACGACUGGCGGCCCUCCUGACCAAUCAGAUAUCCACAUUCACAAGCAGGUGUGCGAAAUCAUCGAGAGCCCUUUGUUUCUCAAGCUGAACCCCAUGACAAAGCAUACAGAUCUACCAGUCAGCGUGUACGAGUCUGUGAUCGACAUUAUCAAUGGAGAGGCGACUAUGCUGUUCGCUGAACUGACCUACACACUGGCUACAGAGGAAGCAGAGCGUAUUGGGGUUGACCAUGUGGCCCGAAUGACCUCCACUGGCACUGGAGAGAAUUCCACUGUGGCGGAGCACCUCAUAGCACAGCACAGCGCCAUCAAAAUGCUACACAGCCGAGUGAAGGUCAUCCUGGAAUAUGUCAAGGCUGUGGAGGCAGGAGAGGUUCCCUUCAACCACGAAAUCCUGAGAGAGGCGAAUGCGCUAUGCCACCGGCUACCUGUCCUGAGCACCCUCAAGUUCAAGACAGAUUUCUAUGACCAAUGUAAUGAUGUUGGUCUCAUGGCAUACCUGGGCACCAUCACCAAGACCUGCAACAGCAUGAACCAGUUCAUCAACAAGUUCAAUGUGCUGUAUGACCGGCAGGGCAUCGGACGUAGGAUGAGGGGACUGUUCUUCUGAGGAGGCACUGGGCAUGUUGCUCAUACUGCUGUUAUUUAUUUUUGUGCGUCUGAGUGAAGCGCUGGGCUGCACUCAUACCCACAGAGGGUCUUUAUACCCAGUCAUUCACUGAUUGCCAGUCUUUCGCUUCAGAGUUUGCUGCCUGCCUUGGAAGACCCUGCGUAAUUUGGAUUUUUAUUGGACAUCUUAGCAAUUGAGUUUUCUUUAGUUUGCAUAAACAAUAAUUUUGCAAUAGAGGUAUGUGUAAAUUUUUACACGUUAACGAAACAAGUUGCAAAUUUUGAAAAGAUGUCUGUAAAGAAGCUGUGUUGUUUUUUUUUUUUUUACUCCAAAAGCCAAUUUUUUUGUCCCCUGUACUCAUUUAUGUUAUUAAAAGUUUGCUCCCCAGUUUUUGUAUCCUCCGGAGUCCCCUCUUUAUGUUUCUGUUCAUCAGUGUGCCUGCUGGUCAUUUAAAUGUAGCGUUUCCAGGGGUGGGCGGGGUUCUGCUAACCGCUAAUUGUCAUCAGCGGAUAAGCAGUUUUACUAACUUUGAAAACCAUUAGUGGACUGAUCAGCCAAUAAAUUUAGUUCUAACUGUAAAUCCGCUAGUAUUUUUUUCACAGGUGAACUGAGUAAAACUUUAAUAGUCAAAAACGUUUGUAAACCAUGAAAUCAUGCACAUUUGUUCCUGUCUGUUGUGAGUGUGAAACAGCCUUAUCCGGCAUGCUAUUGGCUGACUAUGUGUAAACACAAGACAUGAUUGGUCAACAGCUUGUCAGGUUUAACGUAAUCUGGGCUAAAUGAACGAAGAUAUUGUCCAUUUGAACUGGAGUACCCUGAACUAAGCGGAGAAUGGGCCUGUUCCACGAUGCUGGAUUUCUUGCUUAGCUGGAUAACCUGUCUAAUUUAAUUAAGGUGCCCUAGUUUAAAAGGACUUUAUCUUUGUUCACUUACAUUAAGCUAGAAGUGCUGCUUCGGGGACCCCUAGUUCAUGGUAAAUGGCGUCAUGUUUAUAGUCCACAAGCAGCUUCACUCAGGGCAAAAUCUUAACAUGGGCCUGUUGCAAAAAAGGACUUCUCUGACAGAAAACGCUUAAUCUUCCAAGCAAAAUAUCACAGAAAGAAAAUUUAAACACAGAUUCAUUCCUCCGAAUCCAACAAUACUCAACUUAGUAAAUCCUAAAUAUCCUGUUAAUUACUCUAACCCCACGGAUAAGACUCCAGUGUUAAAAAGGCUAAAACCUUCUCUCUCUAGGUAUGAUUUAAGAUUUUCAGAGCCAAAAACCAAACUGAAGCUAAAACUAGCUUAACUAUCAUCGUCUUAUAUUGGAGGACAACAAUUCGUCAUUAUACAAAUACAAACAUUAGCAGUACGAUGUCACAUGAGCGAUGACGACCAUUUUGAAGCAGCACCUGUGUAGGGUUCCGAAAGCCACAUUUGUUCUGAUCCCACACACUGCCCUUGAUUGGCUGACGUAAUCUGACGCCAUGGGAUUGGUCAGCAAGACCAAAUUAUGCAGUUUGCCAGCAUGCUUUGCACCACACCGCACAUAUCUUUAAAUAAUGUAUUUGUGGAUUUAUUUUAAUUGUGAACAUCACAGCCAUGUAACGUUUGUAGCGGAAUGCAUGUUUCAUUAAUAUGUAACCAUGAGUGUGGUAUGAAAUGUCAGCUUCCCUGUCUGUGCCGCUGCUAGUAUUAAACUAAUAGUGGCUGUUAACAGAUGAGUGGCUUUGAUCUUAAAAGAACUGGUGUCUUCUUCAUUAAAAUGACACAUUCUCCACUGUA